AUGCCUAACUCCAUUAGUACCUUCGAGGAGUUAAGCACCCAAUUCGCCUCACACUUCAUCGGGGGACACAGGUAUAAGAAGUCCACUGCAUGCCUGAUGAACAUUAGGCAGUGGGAGGAUGAGACGCUGAGAUCUUACAUAACCCAUUUUAACAAGGAAGCCCUCUCGAUCGACAAAGUUGACAACAAGAUACUAGUGGCUGCAUUCACGAAUAGGCUACGGAAAGGUAAGUUUCUAUUUUCUCUAUAUAAGAAGGACCCAAGAACCAUGUUAAAUGUGCUUUACAGGGCAACCAAGUACAUGAAUGUGAAAGACGCACUACUGGCCCAAGAAGAGAAGCCUAAGAAAAGAGAAAGACAGGAAGACAUACGGCAGGAUAGGGGGCGGAAGAUGGCUAGGACUGGAGAACAGCGGGAGGACAAACGCUCCAAGCCCCUCGUAGGGAAGUUCACAAGCUUCACCCCGCUGACUGCCCCGAUCGACCAAGUCUUGAUGCAAAUUAAGGACGUAGGAGCCCUAACCUAUCCUGGCAAGCUGAAGGGAGAUCCUAAUAAAAGGUUUAGAGACAAGUAUUGCCAUUCCACCAUGAUCACAGUCAUGACAUAG